GUCACACGAAGGAAAGAAAAGUAGGUCAGAGACUGAUUCCGUUUGUCACAGUUCCUCACGGACCGGACGUCAAAUAUCCGAAUAAACUGUGAUGAUCAGCUAUUCCUCCGGAUCUUGCCACAGGUGAAAUGCCAUGUAUUGAACACAGCUGAUUGACUGAACCUGUGCAAUGAUCUAAUGGCAGACCAAAGAAUGGACAUCUCCUCCACGAUGAAUGAGUUCAUAUCCCAGAGCUCGGCAGAUCUCAUCAGCAGUUCCAUUGGCACCACGGGCAUGGACUACACCCGCAAGAGGAAGGGCAGCACCACCGAAUACCAAAUUGAUGGCUUUUCCUUUGAUGAUAGCAUGGACACAGACAAAGAUAAGACACUGGGAAGGGAUGAACAGCAGGGCCGGAUAAAGAAUGCCAGGGAGGCUCACAGUCAAAUAGAAAAGAGGCGCAGGGAUAAGAUGAACAGUUUCAUAGACGAGUUAGCAUCGUUAGUCCCCACUUGCAAUGCCAUGUCUCGCAAGUUGGACAAACUCACUGUACUGCGCAUGGCCGUCCAACACAUGAAGACAUUACGAGGUGCCACCAACCCAUACACAGAAGCCAACUAUAAACCAGCAUUCUUGUCGGAUGAUGAAUUAAAGCACUUGAUUUUAAGGGCUGCUGAUGGCUUCCUCUUUGUAGUCGGUUGCGAUCGUGGAAAGAUUCUCUUCGUCUCGGAGUCUGUUUAUAAAAUCCUCAAUUACACGCAGAAUGAUCUGAUUGGCCAGAGUUUGUUCGACUACCUGCAUCCAAAAGACAUUGCCAAAGUGAAAGAGCAGCUGUCGUCGUCAGACACGGCUCCACGGGAACGACUCAUCGAUGCCAAAACUGGUCUACCAGUGAAGACUGACAUCACUCCCGGCCCCUCCAGACUGUGUUCAGGGGCCCGCCGAUCAUUCUUCUGUAGAAUGAAAUGCAACCGUCCUUCUGUCAAGAUGGAGGACAAAGACUUUUCCUCAACGUGCUCCAAAAAGAAAGCAGACCGCAAGAGUUUCUGCACCAUCCAUAGCACUGGCUAUCUGAAAAGCUGGCCGCCCACCAAGAUGGGUUUGGACGAGGAUAACGAACCUGAUAAUGAGGGCUGCAACCUUAGCUGUCUAGUGGCCAUCGGCCGCCUCCAUCCGCAUAUCGUCCCUCAGCCCAUGAACAGCGACAUCCGCGUUAAACCCACAGAAUACGUCUCCCGCCACGCUAUCGAUGGCAAGUUCGUUUUCGUCGACCAGAGGGCGACAGCCAUCCUGGCAUACUUGCCCCAGGAGCUUUUAGGGACGUCGUUUUAUGAGUAUUUUCACCAGGAUGAUAUCGGUCACCUCGCCGAGUGCCACAGACAAGUGCUACAGAUGAGAGAAAAGAUUAAUACUAACUGUUACAAGUUCAAGAUUAAAGACGGAUCAUUCAUCACUCUAAGGAGCCGCUGGUUCAGCUUCAUGAACCCCUGGACCAAAGAAGUGGAAUAUAUAGUCUCUACAAACACUGUGGUUUCGGGCGGCAUGCUUGAAGGAGCAGAUCCUAGUUAUUCCCAGACAGCCUCGUCCCCUCAGAGCAUGGACAGCGUUUUAACAUCAGGAGACGGUGGAGGGAAACGCUCUCUUCAGACGGUUCCUGGUAUUCCGGGAGGGACAAGAGCGGGCGCUGGCAAGAUAGGACGCAUGAUAGCUGAGGAAGUGAUGGAGAUUCAGAGGAUUCGAGGCUCCUCACCCUCCAGCUGUGGCUCAAGUCCUUUAAAUAUCACUGCCACUCCCCCACCAGACACCUGCUCUCCAGGGGGCAAGAAGAUUCAAAAUGGUGGAACUCCAGACCUGCCGUCAGCAGGAAUUGUGCCUGGACCCGAUUCGAUAGGAUACCCGUAUUCAAAUAAUUCAUUAAUGAGUGAUAACUCACAUCUUAGCAUUGACAUCAUGGAAGAGCCCGGAUCCAGCAGCCCCAGUAAUGACGAGGCAGCCAUGGCUGUUAUCAUGAGCCUCCUAGAAGCGGACGCUGGCCUUGGUGGACCUGUGGAUUUCAGUGACCUACCCUGGCCUUUGUGAAACCACAGCAGACUCCGACCACAGGAUGUUUGAUGGGUCCAGGGCUAAACGCGUCUAAGCGCAGGUCACCACAGCAGAGGCUCAUGGGACAGGAAGUGCACCACCGAGGUAUGCAGAGGUUAAAGAAGCUGUGGUGUUUGAAACAGGACCUCAUACUCAAAGCACACCAAAUGGUUCAGCUGCAUACUUCCUGCCGAAUGAGGAUCUGUGCAUUUCCCAUCUCACACGGUUUUAUUCCCGACCUGCCUGUUCCUGUGUAGAUAUGGGCCCGGAUUAUUCCUGCGGUACUCAUCAGCAAACAUGGGUAUCUUUCUAUAAAUAUAUAUAUAAAUAUAUAUACCAUUUUGUUUGUGUUUUAAUGUUUUUACACUACACAAAAGUUGUUGAAUGUUAAAUAUUCUAUAUGCAGAUUGUAACUAAUAUUGUAAUUCUAUUAUGUAAGAUUUCUUUAUGCAAAAUAUAUAUGGUUAAAGUGUAACGUAUCAGCAGUGGAUAUUUUUAAAAUAAAAAAAAUCUUGUCAGUG